AUGGCGGAGAUUGUGACACAAAAGCCUGUGUCAGCAACGCUACAUUCUUUGACCCAUGUGGAUGGCCUGCCAUCAUCAUAUGCCCGAGAAAAUACAAGGCCAGAACCCGCCGUUCUGAACGCCACGAAAUCCUAUUCCCUCGACUCGCUUCCCUUAGAGCUUGCCUUGGGCAAAAAUGUCUCGUUAGAUCACCUAUCAGAUACAGUGUCCAGAUAUUCCUCUACUGGGCUUAUCAGACGUCUCCUAAACAAUCACGGUGCCAUACUGUUCAAAGGUCUUGGGCUGAAGAAUGCCACCGAAUUCUCUCAAUUCGCAACAGCCUUUGGCUGGUUGCCUCAUGAGGACAUCGGAAAUCCCGUUCGUCGGACAGUUCUGGCGCACAAUGUAGCAACCGCGAACGAGGGACCAAACACCCAACCUGUCUAUCCUCACAAUGAAUUUGGCCUGAGUCCACAUUACCCUGCAUACGUCUUCUUCUACGCUCUCUCGGCACCAGAAACUGGUGGCGAGACGCCAAUCAAUAGUUCUAUUAAGCUCUAUGAACGACUUGAGGAAGAGAUUCCAGAAUUCCUGACGGCACUGGAGGAAAAGGGUGUUCGAUAUCAGCUGUUUUUUCCCAAUCGCCCUCGUGAAGACGUGUCGUCUCCAGGUACCUCCGUCUUCCAGUCAUACGGCAAGGCUGUCCUUGACACAGAUGACACCGAAACGGCGCGGAGCAAGAUUGAGGCGGAGAUUAGGCGAUUGCCGACAGCAACUUGGCAAUGGGAGAAUCAGUCAUCCGAGAAUCCUCUGGGAGACCUGCGCGUCUUUCAAAAACUGCCUGCUAUUAGACUACACGAGCAGACAGGCAAAAAGGCCUUCUUCAACAACAUUAUUUCGAGGUACCUGAACGCGAAGAACAACCAGACGUUGGACCCGCCUUAUCUGAAUAAGGAAGGGGCUUAUCAACCGCCAGCUCUGUAUGCAGACGGAUCCCCUAUCCCUCACGAGUAUCUGGAGAAGGCCGUUCAAAUUGUGGAGGAAACAAGGUCUCUGGUGUCAUGGACCGCGGGCGACGUACUUCUUCUAGACAAUCAUGCAAUUCAGCAUGGCAGAGAGCCGUGGACCGGAGAUCGAAAGUUGCUUGCAAGCUUGUGGGACGAGUCGAAACAGAGCAAAUAA